AUUGCAUUACAUCAUCACCGAUAGCGGACUCGGAAGAAGAUUGAACACCACCCGACGCCGCAAGUCCGUCUUUCGGACGCACAACACAAAAAAUGGCUGGCGAAAGCUCCAAGAGCAAGGGCCCUGUGCUCGAUAUCGACGGCCACAAUCUGCCCCCUUCACCGGCACCGAGCACACCUCGCAACGCCGGCAGGAAGUAUGCGCUCGCGACCGAGCUCGUCUACACCGAGAGCACCGACCAGUACAAUGCCAGUUCCGUGCCCAUCUACCAGUCUGCCACCUUCAAGCAGACGUCCGCCAGUGGCGGCGGCGGCGAGUAUGACUACACGCGCUCCGGCAACCCGACGCGGACCCACCUCGAGCGCCAUCUGGCCAAGAUCAUGAACGCGAACCGCGCCCUCGUCGUCGGCUCCGGCAUGGGCGCCCUCGACGUCGUCACCCGUCUGCUGCGCCCCGGCGACGAGGUCGUGACCGGCGACGACCUGUACGGCGGCAGCAACCGCCUGCUCAAGUACCUGUCGACCCACGGCGGCAUUGUCGUGCACCACGUCGACACCACGACGCCCGCGGCCGUCGAGAAAGUCCUCAACAGCAAGACGGCGCUGGUUCUGCUCGAAACCCCGACCAACCCGCUCAUCAAGAUCUGCGACAUCCCCUCGCUCGCCCGCGCCGCCCACGCCGCCAACCCCUCGGCCAUCGUCUGCGUCGACAACACCAUGAUGUCGCCCAUGCUGAUGAACCCGCUCGACCUCGGCGCCGACAUCGUCUACGAGUCCGGCACCAAGUACCUCUCCGGGCACCACGACCUGAUGGCCGGCGUCAUCGCCAUCAACGACUCGGCGCUCAGCGACCGCCUGUAUUUCACCAUCAACGCGUCGGGCUGCGGGCUCUCGCCCUUCGACUCGUGGCUGCUGCUGCGCGGCAUCAAGACGCUGGGCGUGCGCAUGGAGAAGCAGCAGGCCAACACGAUGCGCAUCGCCACCUUCCUCGAGGCCCACGGCUUCCGCGUGCGCUACCCGGGGCUCAAGUCGCACCCGCAGUACGACCUGCACUGGAGCAUGGCGCGGGGCGCGGGCGCGGUGCUGUCGUUUGAGACGGGCGACACCGCCGUGUCGGAGCGCAUCGUCGAGAGCGCCAAGCUGUGGGCCAUCAGCGUGUCGUUUGGCUGCGUCAACUCGCUGAUCAGCAUGCCGUGCCGCAUGAGCCACGCGUCGAUUGACGAGAAGACGCGCCGCGAGCGCAACAUGCCCGAGGACAUCAUCCGGCUGUGCGUCGGCAUCGAGGACGCGGAUGAUCUGAUUGAUGAUCUGAGCCGCGCUCUCGUCCAGGCCGGCGCCAUGAAAAUCACCCCCGACGGCUUCACCGCCCUCACCCUCUCAUCCGCGAUCGACGAUCUGCCCGCCGUCGCCCCCGCAACCGAGGACUAAGCCCCUCGCCACUAAAAGUCACCGCUGUCCCGGCGAAUCUGCGGGUUCGUCGGGUUAACGUGAUGCCC